AUGUUGAUACCUUUAUUUCAAGUAUUAUUUGCUGCAAUGCGUACUGUUUCAUUAUCAGCUCUCAAUUUAGUACUAUAUUCAAUAUUAUCACGUAUUUUUAGUAACUGGUUGGGUUUUAAUAGUCUUAUAUCAUUCUUUUGUUCGGCUUAUUGUUUAUCGAAAACAGUUCACUAUUUGAAACGUGUAUGGGUCAAUGCUCGAAUAACUAAUAAAAAACCAGAUGAAAAAAUUUUUCUUGAUGCAUUGACAUGGCAAUCACCAACGACUAUGCCUAUCAAAUCGGAUAAUGAAAAUGAAUCAAUUGAUAAAUUUGAAACUGAUUGGAAAUAUUUACUUGAUAAUGAUGUUAAAAAUAUAUUUUCAUCAAUUGUUAAUAUACCAUUUAGUAAUGGUUGGUUAUUUAUUACGACAAUAAUAAUAGUUAAUUAUCAAAUGAAUAGUUUCGGUUAUAGUUAUAUCGGAUCAUUACUUCGUACAAUUGGUCCUUUAGUCAUAUUAAUAUGUGGUUCAACUGUACGUUAUCAAACAUUAUUUGAACGUGAUAGAAACAAUUUUUUUGAUGUAAUGCUUAAAAAACGUGAUGAGAUUGAACGUUACAUUAUUUAUUCAAAUAAUAAUACUCCUGUUGCAUCGACUUGCUUACAAAUAGUAAAUAAUUCUGAAACACCGACAUUUAUGGUACAAUUAUAUCAAAUAAAUUCUAAGUUUGAUGAUUAUCUAUAUGACAUAGGAAAUUAUAUGUGUCAAAAAUUAAUUGAACGUAUUAAAACUUAUGGACAUGAAAAUAAAAAAUCUGUUCGUCUAAUAUGGUCAUUUCCAACAUGUAAACAAAAUUGGAAAAUUCCGAUAAAAGAUAAUAAAUUGAUAUUAAGAAAUACAUAUAAAGAUUUUUCAUUUUUGCCAUUAGUUAGCUCUCAUGUUGAGCAAUAUGAAUAUUGUUAUGAAUACAAAGACUUAUCAUCAGAAAUUAUUAAUGAUACAAUUAAAAACGAAUAA